AGCUUUUCUCACAGAUGCACAGAGAUGAUUGGCGAACAUGUCCAGCGCUGCCUGCUGCUCGCACACACUUUCCCUGGUGGGAGCGGACCUGGAUGCUCGGUGGAUGCACUGAGGAUUUAUUUGCUUUUGUUUUUGGGAAAAAAGAGACAUGGGAAACAACAAUGUCUCGAGUCUGGAGGAGCUGCAGGCCUGUGAGAGCCAUCAGUGGUACAGAAAGUUUAUGACCGAGUGUCCCUCCGGACUGCUCACCUUCUACGAAUUCAAGAAGUUCUUUGGCCUCAGUAAUCUGACGGAAACAUCAAACGCCUACGUGAGAUCUAUGUUCACCACGUUUGACAUGAACGAUGACGGCUUCAUUGAUUUCAUGGAGUAUGUGGCUGCUCUGAGUCUGGUGCUGAAAGGUGGAGUGCAGCAGAAGCUCCGCUGGUACUUCAAGCUGUAUGAUAUCGAUGGGAGCGGCUGCAUUGACCGUGAGGAGCUGCUGCUGAUCAUCAAGUCCAUCAGAGCAAUCAACGGGAUUCCCUGUGAGAUGUCAGCAGAGGACUUCGCCAACAUGGUGUUUGACAAGAUUGAUAUCAAUGGAGAUGGUGAGCUCUCCUAUGAGGAAUUCAUGGAGGGAGUCCAGAAUGAUGAGAUGCUGCUGAAGACACUGACAGAAAGCUUGGACCUUUCACAUAUUGUCCACAAAAUUCAAGGAGAGUUGAGAGGCAACAACUAAUUUUGACAUGGCAUGCCAUGUUCAUGCAUAACUGUGCCACAGCUGAUCGAAUGAUGAUGCAAAAUUUUACCAAAGGUUAUCCUCAGAGACAAAUGAAUUCAGGAUAUCAGUCGAUUUCUGUUUCCCAUCACCUCACCUGGUUAUCACUUUACACGCGUUCACAAACAUGAUGUUUAACUUUUUCCCUGUUCAAACUUAAUCCCUCUGAAAUUAAACUUUGUUUCCUAUGUGCCAUUAUUACCAUACAAGUGACAUUAUCCAUAUGAUGAAGAUUCUGUGUGUUAGAUGAUCUGCCACCAGUAGAAGAUGAAUCCCUUCACUUGUAUAGUUUUAUACAUUUCUGACACUCACCUGUUAUUUUUCCCAUGUUUGCAGUGUCGCUGUAUAUAGAUAUUUUAU